AUGGUUUCCCCUCCUCUCUCUCUCUCUCUCUCUCUCUCCAUUCUUCUCCUCAGUUUGGUUCUCCACCACCUCUUACUCUCUCUCUCUAUUUUUCUCCUCCUCAGUAUGAUUCCUCCCACCUCUCUCUCUCCUCCUCCUCAGUAUGUUUCCCCCUCUCUCUUUCCUUUUAUCCAUUUUCUCCUCAGUAUGGUUCCCCGUUCUUUUCCUCCUCGAUAUGUUUCCUCCCUCUCUCUCUCUCUCUCUUCUACCCUUUGUAUGAUUCUCCCCCCCACCCUCUCUCUCUCUUCUCCUCCUCAGUAUGAUUCCUCCCACCUCUCUCUUCUCCUCCUUAGUAUGAUUCCUCCCACGUCUCUCUCUUCUCCUCCUCAGUAUGAUUCUCCCCCACCUCUCUCUUCUCCUUUUCAGUAUGUUUCCCCCUCUCUCUUUCCCUUUAUUCAUUUUCUCCUCAGUAUAGUUCCCCAUUCUUCUCCUCCUCAAUAUGUUUCCUUCCUCUCUCUCUCUCUCUCUCUCCCUCUUCUGCCCUUUGGUAGAGUUGUCCUCUUUUCCUCCUCCUCUUACUUGGGAAGGUCUUCCCUCCACCCUCUCUCUCUCUCUCAAUCUACUCCUCACUAUAGCCUUCCCACUCUCCUUUGCCGCUUCUCUCUCUUUCUCCCUCUAUUCUCCCUUUCUGUCUCUCCUUGCUUCUCACUCGCCUUUAUUUCUCCUCACCCUUUUCAUUCCCUCUCCCUCUCUCUCUCUCCAUCCUCACCCUACCAGCUCCUAACUCAAUUCUCCACCUUUCUCCACCAUCAUCCCAACUGCCUGUACUUCUCAGUCGCCUCCAUGGACGACGUCUUUCUUCUCCUCUCUUUCCCUUUCUUGCUUGCUGGGCAAUUUGCCAAAAUUGCUGAUUAUAUUUAA